CGCGCCGGGCGAAGGAAGAUGGCGGCGGCCGGGGCUGGCGCGGGGCGGAAGCAGGUGCGGCAGGAGGAGCUGCGGCGCCUCAUGCGGGAGAAGCAGCGCCAGAACGCGGGGAAGAAGCGGAUCGACUCGCCCUUCGCCAAGUACAACAGCCUGGGGCACCUGAGCUGCUCCCUGUGCAACGCGCCCGUGAAGAGCGAGCUGCUGUGGCAGACCCACGUCCUGGGCAAGCAGCACCGGGAGAGAGUUGCAGAAUUAAAAGGUACAAAGCAGACUGCGACUGGUUCAGCUGCUGGCACAUCGUCUCAUCCUGUCAAGAGAAAAACUGUUGACACGGAAAAUACAGAGCUAAAAAGAGUAAAAGGUACAGAUGAAAAGCCACAUACGUCUACAGCUGGGCUGCCAUCAGAUUUUUUUGAUGAAGCGGAGCAAGACAGUGCAAAUGUACAGCUUUCCAAGGGUCCAGGUCCCAGUUUACUGUCAGGAAAUUAUGAUGAUGACGAUGAUGAUGAAGAGGAGGAACAAGACCAAUCAAGCAAAUCUUCCAUUAUGCAUAAAACUGAAAUCCCAACUCAAGAAGCAAUAGCUAAUUCUCUGCCUGCAGACUUCUUUGACAGCAAAACUCCUGCUGCUCCUGUAGUUUCCCAUUCAGGAUCCAUACAGAAAGCAGAGGUACAAGAGAAGAUAGUGGAAAGGAAAGAAAACACUGCUGAAGCUUUGCCAGAAGGUUUCUUUGAUGAUCCUGAAGUGGACGCAAAAGUGAGAAAAGUUGAUGCUCCAAAGGAUCAGAUGGACAAAGAAUGGGAUGAAUUUCAAAAGGCAAUGCGACAGGUCAACACAAUUUCAGAAGCAAUAGUGGCAGAAGAUGAUGAGGAGGGACGACUAGAUCGCCAGAUUGGAGAAAUUGAUGAGCAGAUUGAAUGUUAUCGCCGUGUCGAGCUUUUGCGUAACCGCCAAGAUGAGAUGAAGGAGAAGCUAAAGGAAGCCAUGAGAUUAAGAGCAACACAAGAGAAAGAGGAUGAGGAUAUUGGUAGUGAAGAUGAAGAAGAACUGCAGGAUUUGCUGUCUCAAGACUGGAGGGUGAAAGGGGCAUUGUUGUAGCAUUUCUGCAACAUGGUUGAUACUCUUUUUAUCUGUAAUGUUACUUCCAUUAUUAGAAGUGAGACACUUUUGUUAAUUAUUUAUUUAAAGAGGAUUGUGAGAUGGUAAAGAGCCAAGUGUUUUAAGAAAAAAAAUCUUUGUAGAUCUUAGUGGUGUAUUACUUGUAAAAACUGUACAUUGCAAAUGUUUUACAAUAUUGAAUGCACCUUUCCUAUUAAAAUUAUUGGUUUCUUACCAGAAGUAUUUUAGUGGGAUUAAUAAGUCUAUAAAGAAUCUCUGAGGUUUUGGAAGCAUUACCUAUAUUUGGUAAAUUUUGAGACUUGGCUUAUUGUGUAUAGAAGUAAAGGAUUUGAAUAGUCUGUGGAGUUUUUCCAGACUGGGGGGUUAAGGAAAGGAAAAUAUUAUACAUUUAUGUUUUCUUAAAAUUUUUAAGUGCUCUUCUGUCCAUUGCCCCAGCUUCCAAUAAAAUAUGUACAUUUUUUUUCAGGAUCUGUUACAGUUUCUCUGUGUAUAUAAGGACUAGCUCAGAAAUGUUGAGCUACAGCUUCUCCACAGUGUAUACUCUGUGAUGUGCCAUAGGCAGUGCUGAAUAUUUUUCUUUAUAGUACCCUGUUUUGCUUAGUGCAGCCAUCAUGUAGCAUACCUCACAUUUUUGAACCAGAGGGAUAAGAAUACAGUAGUUACAUAUCUGCAUAACUAAAUGAAAGGGUGACAAAAUGCCAGAGAGGAAGGUACUGCACUGGACACUGAGAAGGUAAAAGAAUUUCUCUAGCUGUAAAUACUGGAAAUUUUCUUCAAAUAUUAUCUUAGGCACAGAGAACAUCUAAAAUUAAUUUCUGUUCUGAUAAACACAGAUUAAGUAAAAUGAAGAACCAACAAACUUGACGAGACUGGGACAUGAAAAGCAGACCUACCUUAAGCAUUGGUAAGUGUCUCUUUUUUACCUUUUUAAUGAAGCAAAUCUUAAAACAUUUCAAAUUUGUUGAGCACUUGGAAAAAAUAGGAGAUGUGUGGCUUGAUUUAUGUCAAAAAGUAAAGUUGUGAAGGAGCAGUUUAACAUUUUCCUUUAAGAUUCUGCUUUCAAAGCUAGAUUUUAAAGGGAGAAAACAAGCUUUACUCUUAUGAGGGCAUUCUCAUUACUUGUCUCAGAGAUGUUUAUGAACCAAGCAAUAGAGAUUAAAACUAAAGUUAGAUACUUGAUUUGCCUGUUUUGGAGGAAUGAUUUGAUAUGGUGGGAGCCCUUUCUGUAUAGUGAUAGAGAUGCUUUUUUAUCACUCCCGAUUUCCAUGAUGCUUGGGUUCAGCUCUUUAUAUUUAUAAAGCUGUUAAAAUUCAAGCAAUGGUCCUUAGCAGUUUAUUGCAUCCAUUUAUUCCUGCUCACAUGUGCUGGAUUACAGCCACUGGGUCUUGGUUGAUUUAAUAACCCUAAAUGUAAGUAGCUGUUGCUGCUAAAAUGUUUGAUGAAACACUGCAGUCUUACAUGAAUUAGUACUGUCAUUAAAGUAGCAAUAUUCAGAGAGUACUGAAAUACAGAAUAAGCAUUCAGAGAAUAUCAAAAUAAAUAAGAAUGUUUGGACAAGUUGGAGAAAACUUAGUUGGACCAAAACUGAAAUACAAUUUCCUUUUAUAGUGUGAAACACUUGAUGUCUAAGGUGCCUGGCACGCUGCAGUGAAAGAUCUCUAGAUCCAUUUAUCACUGUAAAGAGAACUCUGAGCUGAGAGAGUGCUACAGUCUUAAAAGAUGGACAGUCUUUUUCAAAACAAAAUGAAAGACAGACCCCCACUUUCCCUCUGACAAGAGCUCAGUUUCUAACUGUUCUAUUUAUAUUUGAUUUUCACUGACCCCACUCACAAAAGCAUCCUAGCUUGUUCACACUGAACUUUAGAACCACUCUGCCUUUGGCUUAACAUCAGAGAAACAGGAUGUGAUUAAUGUCAGGUUACACUGAGCAUCAUGGACAUACAUGUUUUGACAGUAUAAAAAUGUUAAUCUCUGAGUUUAUAACUGACAUCUCUUUUUUUGUACAUUUUUCUGUAAUUUUACUUUCAUCUUGUACAUGAACCUGCAAAUCAUGGUUUCAGCUGCAGAUGAACAGGAAAUGAACUGAGCAUUAAAACAGUUCAGCUGUUUUAGUUCAGUUGCCCUCAUCUUUAGGGGUAUCUUGUGGUAACAAGCUAAAGGCAAGGAGUUUAGUUACAGAGCAUGGAGCUUGUACACUGAAAUCCAAACCAGUGCAGCCCAUUGUUAUUAUCAGGAAGAGAUGGCAGGAAUAAACACCAGAUCACUCAUCAUUCUAUUCAUUAUCCUUGCACAACUUGUUGAAGGAGUAAAGACGAUGGACUGGCCAGUGCGUGUACAGAUUGCUGGGGAAGUGACAGCAUUGGUCCCUCUUGGCUGCUUCUUGUUUAGGGGUUGAUGCUCUUUUCCUUGGAGGAAUCUCAGAGAUCUACAAAUAAUGUUGUAUCCAAGUUUUACCCAUCUUACUGCUACGUACUGUACAUUUCUUCAGCAUGCGGAACAAAGCUUUUAGAGAGCUUUGUGAAGAUGGUGGGAGUAGUGACUUUGCCCUUUGUGACCACUGCUGUACAUGUGCUGUUAUGUCAAGAAGGCAAGAAAUCAUCCAGCUUUUUAGCAACGGAAGUAGCAUGGCUAUAAGGGAGAAGAGGGAUAUAUCCUAACCUUACUGAGUAGUCAAGCUAAUUUAUCAAGGUAAGUAAUCUCCUGUGUCUUAGAAAAACAUAGGCAUAAUUAGUUUAUAAUCUAAAUAUAUCUUCAGCUUUAGAAAACAAUUUUAUGUACUUCUGAUGAGCUACUGAGCUAGAUUGAUUAUUAGUCAGAGAAAAUAAUUGUUUUAAAAACGUGUACUUCCUUAAUUUCUCUCAUUUCUUAACUUUCUUGAAUUCUAUUUUUAAACAAUAAAGAUUAAAGUAGUCCUAAUAACCAGCUUUGUCCAUAGCCACUAUUAAAAAUGAAAUUUUAAUUGGAAUUGAGAAGACUAUUUUAAUUCUCUGAUCUCCAGGACUUCCAGAAAACUGAAGAAUCAGAAUUAAGGGGGGAAGGCGCUUAACAUUUGUAAUCCUCGUUGAUUGAUAAUAAUAAUAAUGGAGAGUGUUGUCCAAACUUAAGAACUGUGGAAUUUCAUGCCACCAAAAAGUAGUUGAGGUUCCCCAGCUCAGUGGUUGUGAAACUGGUUAAGUGCCUUGCAGGGCCAGGAUGUAUGUGCCUGUAGGUGCAUGAAUGUUUGAAAUGGAGUUCCAAGUAGCAGCUCUGCAGGUGCAGCUACCACAGCUACAGCUGCCAGCUGUUCAUGGUCAGCUCUUCUCUGGCAGGUGAGUGCAGUCAGUCACAAAUGGUAAUCGGUGUGCUACCUUCUCUCCUGCCCUGGAAGAAAUAAGCUGCUGCUGCUGUCAUGACUUAAAAGCAGAUGUGGAAAAAGGUCUGUAUUUGAAAAACAGAUUGUGGAAAAAGGCCAGAAGCAACCGUGCAAAAACAACCAAACCCAAAUAACAACAAGGCAAACAACGUUCUCAUUUGCUAACAUGAUUGUUAUUCCUCUACCACAGAAUUUAAUUUUAAAAUUUGCUUCAGAAUUGCAGAUACUGAUUAAAAAGAACACUAACAUUAGCUUUUGCCAGGCCACCUGCCAAUAAUUUCAAUUUGAGGAGAGACAGAUUUUGCUUAUUUCAUACCACUAUAAUUAGAUUCUCUGCAUUUUAUCAUCUUUAAAACACGGAGCUAGAAAUAGCUCUAAUGAGAAGUCAUAUUCAAAUAUUUUCAAAUAUUUCAAUAUUUUCCAAAUUUUUUUCUUAUAAUUCAGAAAACUUGCACUAGAAAAUCAGACAUUCAGCCUGUAGGAAUCAUGUUGUUGCCAUUAGAAACCUUAAUGUGAGUAUAUAAUAUUAAAGAAAUUCCCUUUUGUUAGGUAGCAUCAAAUGAAUUUGACACUUCUCUUUCAUUUCAGUUACUAUCUUAAGAUACAAGCCAGUCUGUAGAGUGGCAGGACAUGCAUCCAGGACACAGGACAGAUGCAGACACUGCUUUAAUCAACAUUCCUGCAUUCCUUCAUAGAACCAGUGAAUUGGAUCAAGUACACUGCAGUGCCAGGAAGGGUGGUGUGUACUUGUAUCCCUAGAAAGUAUUGGUCGGGCCAAGAAUUGGAAAUUUCAGGUGUGAAGCAGUUUUUCAGUAUCUGCUUUUAACUGAUCUUCUGUUCAUCACUUCAGUUACAACUAUCCUGGCCUGAUAGCUGAGAAAAGAAAUGCGAGCAUUUCCUUUGUGCAGACAUCUAAACCAGGUCUUCCAAAAAUACAGUGGAGGAACAAAUGCCUUGCACAAUUGGUGGCUACAGCAGUUACGGAGGAUUCAAGAGAUCUCUGUUCAAAUCCCUCCUUUCAGUACUGUCCUUUGAACAGCCACUUUGUGUGACCUAGUUGAGCAGUCUAACAAUUCCAGUCUUUUCCACAGUAGAAGCUGUGCCCCUGUAAAAUGACUGAAUUAGUGAGUGUAUGUGACUUUCUUGUUAGAUAAUCAUGGCACUCAGCCAAGAAGGGGAAGGUCCUGUUCCAAGUACAUAAAUAGUGCUGAAAUACGUUCAGCUGAUAUUGAGGCUGUGGAAUAAACUGGAUUUGGAUCUUUCCCAUCUGA